AUGGCUCCUAAGAAGAAUCCCACACAAACCGCAACCGUGCAUAGCACAGACACAGACACUUCCGCGGGUCACGCUAACAAUCAAGCCGUGACUCGCCGUGAUCUGGACAUGUUAGCACGCAACCUUACUGCCGCUUUUACUGAACAGCUACGCGCCGUCAUAAGUAAUACUCCCACUCAACAACGAGUGUUAGAAGAUAUGGCAGACCAAAUUAAAAACUUGCAGGAACGGAUCGAACCCCACCACGAGGUACCAAAGUCCCACGAAUCUCAAGAUGGGAAUUCGAGGACUUCCCACUCCAGCAGGCGUAAUAAGAAAAGGCGGGAAAGAUCGGGAACCCACACGAAUGUUAGCAGGAGUUAUCCACAGGACAAAGUGUCCAAAACCACCUCUCGAGAUGCCCGAACCUUCCUAGAAAGCAAAAAGCAUAAGGCAUCCGAAAGCGUCCAGUCGCUGGUGGAUCGACGGAGGCAAGAGAGGAAGAGGGCGCAGCUGGUAGGAUCUAGCCAUCCAGCGAGCCCUAUAACCAUGCCGCGGAACGAAGUCGAGGUCAAUAUCCUCCCUGGAGAUCCUACGCCGAUAAUCUCUCCAAUGGCUCCUGAAAUACUAAACAUUCCCAACCAAGGGAAAAUAAAAAUCCCAAAUAUGGCAGCAUUUGACGGCACGUCGUGCCCCGAGGAACACUUGAUGGCGUACAAGAAUUUGAUGGUGCUGCACACUACCAACCCUUCCUUAUGGUGUAAAUUCUUCCCAACUACUCUUACGGGAGCAGCCUUGACAUGGUACACCUCCCUUCCACGAGGGAGUAUCCACAAUUUUGCCCAACUAGAAGGCAAAUUUCUGGGCCACUUUAUAGCCUCAAGAAGGCAGGAGAAAUCAAACUUCCACCUACUUAGUAUCACUCAAUUGGAAGGAGAGUCCGUAUCCUCCUAUCUUAAGAAGUUCCAUGAGGCGGUGCUAGAGGUGACGGAUUUAGAGGAAUCAGUCGCCUUAAACGCCCUUAUCAAUGGAAUGAAGGCUCAAGUUCCAGUUGGUGGAGAGCCAGGUGAAGACAUAUGCGGAGGCCAUGAAGCAGUGUCAAAGUUAUGUCACGGCCUCCGAGAUAUGUCAAGCACAUGA